AUGCCUUACAACCCUGAAUUGGACAUUAUUGUAACUUCUGACAGUUCCAGCUACGGAAUUGGAUGUGUGAUUGCUCAUAACCUACCUGACGGGGCAGAACGACCAAUCGCAUUUGCGUCAAGAGCCUUAUCCAAGUGUGAGGUUAAGUAUAGCCAAAUUGAGAAGGAAGCACUGGCUAUCAUCUUCGCAGUGAAGAAAUUCCACAACUUCUUGUAUGGUAGAAAAUUCACCCUUGUGACUGACCAUAGGCCACUCACUUUUCUCUUAGGUCCAACAAAAGGGAUACCGACUCUGGCUGCAGCACGGAUACAACGAUGGGCUCUAACACUUGCGGCUUACGACUACAAUAUUCGCUACAAAAGAGGGGAAGAAAUUUCGAAUGCCGAUGCACUGUCGCGGCUACCAUGUGAGACAUCUGAGGAGGAAGGUGAAAUUUCAUUCUUUUCAGCUUCAUACCGACUACCAAUCACUUCCAAGGAAAUUGCAACAGCAACUAAAUUUGACCCAGUUUUGUCGAAAGUAUUGGAUUUUACUUCUAACGGUUGGCCUAAUUUUGUAAAUGAUGAAACCGUAAAACCAUACGCCAAUAAAAGUUCUCAGCUGUCUGUGGAAAAAGGUUGCCUAUUGUGGGGAAGCAGAGUGGUGAUACCACCCACCCAUCGUAAAGAAAUCUUGAUUUUACUUCACUCUGAGCACCCGGGAGAGUCUAGGAUGAAAUCUUUGGCCCGUAGCUUUGUUUUCUGGCCUGGAAUGGACUCGGAGAUCGAGAACAUGGUCAAGAGUUGUUCAGUUUGUCAAAGCACUCGCAAGUCUGUUCCUCUGGCCCCACUACAACCCUGGGCGUGGCCCAAACACAACUGGCAGAGACUACAUCUCGACUUUGCCUCAUUCGAAGGAAAGGAGUUCCUAAUCUUGGUUGAUGGUCACUCCAAAUGGAUUGAAGUCUUUUACAUGCCAACUACAACAGCUAGACAAACCAUUGAAAAACUGAGGCAUUGUUUUGCAAAGUUUGGAUUACCAACUACUAUUGUAACUGAUGGUGGUCCCCAAUUUACAUCCCAGGAAUUUAAUGAAUUUUUAAGUUCUAAUGGAAUACAUCAUGUCUUGUCUCCGCCUUAUCAUCCAGCCUCAAAUGGACUCACCGAGAGAGCAGUCCAGACAGUGAAACAUGCUCUUCACAGGCAAUUGCUGCAUGAUGCGAAAUACAACCAAUCCCGGUCGCUUCAGCAUCGAAUAGACUCAUUUUUGUUCUCAUACAGGAAUACCCCACACACCAUAACCAAUGUGACCCCUUCAGAGGCUGUGUUUAAAUUCAAGCCCAGAACUCAACUUAGCUUGCUGAAACCUCAUUUAGCAGACCAAAUGCUUAACAAGCAAGAAAGUAUCGUCAAGAGUGCCAAUGCCCAUCGUGGAAAGCAACGAACAUUCACACUUCAAGACAAGGUUUAUGUAAAAACAGUACGUAACGAGAAGAUCAAUUGGCAGCCUGGCGUUAUCACCAAAGUAAUAAGUCCAGUAACAUAUUUGGUCAAAGUCGACAACCGAAGUAGAUUUGUUCAUGCAGACCAUCUGAGGGUAAAUCUUUCGGAGGGGGAAGAUGGUGACAGCGAUAGUGAUAUCUUGGUACAAUUUCCGAGAGAACUUUACCAGAGCCCAGCGGAACAUCGAAUAUCGCCAGCCAAACAGCAAGGGUCACCAGCGAAACCAAAAUCACCAAAUCAAGGAACCCGCACAUCACCUAUGGCAAAACCAAUAGUAUCGCCCAACGGCACAAAUCAAGGAAGCCCAGCCACACUCCGUCGCUCUAACAGGACCAUUAGAGCGCCUCGGAGAUUGGAGAUGUAA